ACUCCGAUACACUAGGUGGCAGUUGAUUCGCAAUCCGCCCGGAAAACGAAGUGAAGAAGAACCAACGUUUGUCGUAAGAUAUUAAUAGCUUGUGUAUGUACACAGUAGGGUGAAUAAACUACUUCAUAAAAAUGGCUGGAAGCGCAGGAGAAUGGUGUCUGAUGGAGAGUGACCCCGGGGUGUUCACAGAGCUGAUAAAAGGCUUUGGCUGCAAAGGAGCCCAGGUUGAAGAGAUAUGGAGUAUGGAGCCAGAAAACUUUGACAACUUGAAGCCAGUUCACGGGUUGAUUUUCCUGUUCAAGUGGCAGCCGGGUGAGGAACCAGCAGGAUCGAUUGUCCAAGAUUCAAGACUUGACCACAUCUUCUUUGCAAAACAAGUCAUUAACAACGCUUGUGCCACCCAAGCGAUAGUCAGCGUUCUGCUCAACUGCUCCCAUCUUGACAUUUUGCUUGGAGACACACUGACAGAGUUCAGAGAGUUUUCACAGAGUUUUGACGCUGCUAUGAAAGGUUUGGCUCUUAGCAACUCUGAAGUGAUCCGACAAGUUCACAACGGCUUUGCCAGACAGCAAAUGUUUGAAUUUGAUGCGAAGUCGUCAACAAAAGAUGAGGACGCCUUUCACUUUGUGAGCUAUGUUCCUGUAAACGGCAGACUAUAUGAGCUGGAUGGACUUCGAGAAGGACCAAUUGAUCUGGGUGCCUGCAGCCAGGAUGACUGGAUCAGUGCAGUUCGCCCAGUGAUUGAGAAAAGAAUACAGAAGUAUAGUGAAGGAGAGAUCCGAUUCAACCUAAUGGCCAUUGUGUCAGACAGGAAGAUGAUAUACGAGAGGAAAAUUGCAGAGCUCCAGACUCAGCUCACUGAGGAUGAACCGAUGGACACAGACCAGAGCAGCACGUUUCUUAGCUCCAUCCAGUCAGAGAUUGCCAAGUACCAGCUCCUUAUUGAGGAGGAAAAUCAGAAACUUAAAAGAUAUAAGAUUGAAAACAUUCGACGGAAGCACAACUACCUUCCUUUCAUCAUGGAGCUGCUGAAGACGCUGGCAGAAUACCAGCAGCUAAUACCUUUGGUGGAGAAGGCAAAAGAGAAACAGAGUGCCAAAAAAGCCCAGGAGACCAAGUGAACAAAGCACACACUUCAGAGAAGCCUUUGAUUGCACACACGCAACACAUCCAGAAAGCUGCAGCCACUCUUUCAUCAGUGAGCCACAUCCAGAUACUGUAUAUUGUCUGUCAUGUUCAUAUUAAUGACUGUGGAUGGUGUGCAGCACUUCCUCACUGUGGCAUCCUGUCAACCAUCCAGACAUUAGGAACGGCACUGCAGGUGAAGCAGAGAGACUGCCCCACAAAAAUACUCUGUUCAUGUGUCCAUCAGCUCAAAUGCAUGAUAGAAGGAAAAUGUGCUCAAAUGAUGUUCUCUUAUUUUCAUAAUAAAAUAUCUAGAUGUUGGUUCUAUGGACAGGUUUCUAAAACAUCCAAUUUUUUUCAACUUGUCAGUCAUUUAUGGACUUGCCUCUGGAUAUUUUCUGUGAAUGCUGUUGAUUAACUCAUUUGUCAGACUUAGUGGUAGAUCAUCGACACCACCUACUGGUGCAGCAGAGGAACUGUGAGGACUGCAUUCACACAUCAAACCAUCAGCUACAUUUCUUCAAGCAUCAUAAAUCGAUUGGUUGCACUUCAGCGUCUGUCAAAAUUAACAGCAGUUUUUUAAAAAACACAUUCAGGAAUUAAACAUUUAGAUCCGCAUUAAACCCCUUGACCUGAUAAGAGCAGAGCUCGCUGAAAAACUGCCAAGUCUUUAAAGGUCAUCAUUAAAAAACAAACAAACUGGUAA